CACAUUAUUCCACCGCGAGCACAGCCAUCGGCACACGGUAGCGUAGUAUAUUAUAGACGCCUGCAGUUUAUUUAAUUCCUCCUCCUCCACCUCCACCACCGACGACAACGACGGCGACGGUGAUGAUAAUAAUAAUAAUAUUAUGCCGAAAACUAAAAAGUCUGCCCAUAGCCAUUUGCGAGCGCGUUUAAACAGUGCGCGCGAGUGUGGUUUUGUCGCUACAUCCGUUCGGUUUCGUUUAUCUGUAUAAUAAUAUAAUAUUAUUGUUGUUAAUUUUUUUACAUUUUUAUGUGUAUUCGGAAAAUCGUAUGUCGCGUGUUGGUAUAACAAUAUAACGACGGUGCGCUAUACAUAAUAUAUAAUAUUAUAUACGGACGCGCAUGUUGUACGCCGAUAUACGUGUGGUCGCGCCCGGAGAACGAAUGUUAUAAUAAUAUCACAUCAUUGUUGUUGAUCACACACAUGGACACGAAAGUCGCACAGGAGUCCGCUUUCGAUAAAUCGCGAUCGUUUGAAAUAGCUCCGAUUAACGAUAAUAGCAAUACAUAGAAAUAUCACACAGUGACCCGAACCGGAAGACCGACUGAGGCAGUACAUCGACGAUCACGAGAUAUUUAAUUUCUAUGCCGGGUAGUGAUCUUCAAUCAGAAGAAGAUAUGUUAGACGGACUCCAACUUCGUGGACGAUCUUUCGAAGUUUCAACUGACCAUUCCAGAUCACCCAGCACAGAAGAUGGUUCGUUUUACCACCCAGACAACAAUAAUGCAUCCGAAGACGACGACGAAAAUGUUAAAAGCGAUUCGGAGAGUUCCGACGAGAAAUCGCGAAGGUCUGUGGCGGGCAAGCGAAAACGACGGACGAGUAUAGACGAAGAUGACGGCGACGAACCGAUUGCACCAAAAACGAGAAAAUGUCGCAGGAGCAUCCGGCAAAGGCAAUCGGUGGAGGUGUUGUCGGCCAAAGACCGAAACAUGCGAAGGCUGGAGAGCAACGAGCGGGAACGAUUACGCAUGCACUCAUUAAACGAUGCUUUCGAGAAACUGCGCGAAGUUGUGCCUCAUGUAAAAAUGGGACGUAAACUAUCAAAGUUGGAAACAUUGACAUUGGCGAAAAACUACAUAAUGGCAUUGACUAACGUCAUAUGUGAGAUGAGAGGCGAGCAAAAACCAUUUACUUUUGACGAUCCCGAUCAAGCCGAAAAUGACUACGCAUCAAGUAACGAUGGUGGAUUUGAAUCGGGCAAUAGUACAAAAACUCCCUCGAACUUGGAACAAGAGUUACUAUCAUCGGACUAAUAAAAAGAAAAUCCCAUUUCCUAUAUUAUACAUAAACCAAAUCUGUUCGUUAGUUUAUAAAUGAAACUUUUUUUUUUACCUGAUAGGUAUUUUUAUGAUAAGAUUUAUUUUUGUCUUGAUAUUUACCAGUAGUUAUUGUUAUUGUAAUCAUUAUGAUUAUUAUUUGUAUUUUUAUUUAAGUACUAUAUUAUUAUUAUUAUAAAGUUUAUUUUAUUAUUAUUAUUAAUAUUAUUUUUAAUACUUAUAAAAAAGUAUAAAUACUUUUACCAAUCCUAAUAAAUUUUACAUGUGAAUAAUU